UGAAAACACCUGAAGGUAAACAUGUCGUCAGGUGGCAUGUAAUUACUGGCACGCUAUAUAUACCCCACUCGGAAUUACAUUUGUACAACAGUUCGUCAUUUAGCAUUCAACUUGCAAAGAUGAAGAUCGCACUCAUCCUCCUGGUCUUGUCUGUCGUGGUGGCCCUGCCCGGAGCAGAAUCCUGGGGAAUAAGACGAAUAGUUCGUGAUGUGGCCAGAACGGCGACAAGGGUUGCCCGUACUGUCACGAACACGGCUUCAAGGGUUGUACGUACCGUUGGCAGAAGGCUUGUUGUUGGUAAGCGAGAUAUAACUGUGGGCGACGUUGAUGAUGACGUUGAUGUCAGUGACGAGGAGAUACUGCAGACACUGGCAACCAGAGACGUGGAGGACCUCAUCGAGAACGGCUUCAUCUCAGGGGCAGACAAUGAUGACUUCAGUCUCCACCAACGUCAACGCAGAGAGGAUUUGGAUCACGAGGAAGAGUGAAGCGUUUCUGAAGAUUCCUUGGCACCAUCCCAUACCCCGGAUCCUGUUCGAAAUGUGGAAUUGAUAACAUGAAUAAAGUCAGGGCAUUAUAAA